AUGGCGUUAUGGCUGUUUCUUCUUUGCGCUGUGCCCGUGCAGGGUGCGUUGAAAGAUGCGUGCGAGAGCAGCGCGCUGGUUCAGCUGCAAACAGGAGUUGCGAGACGACGAGAGAUUGACAUAGUGCAUAUUCUUUCAAUGGGCCGUGAGGCAUCGUGCUUGGUUUUGAACCUGGCUUCUGGAAACGGCUCUCAUCCGACGAUCUUCGAGCCACUGAAUGGUGUUGUUGAAGGGGAGGCAAUUGUGACUAUGUCAACUCAGCAAGCAGAUUCAACGCUGCAGUGCCUGUACGACUGUCACAGCUGCACGACCGGUGUUAUCAACACCGGCUCCAUGACCAGUUUACAGGACUAUUGUAGCGAGCUGGAGAAGAUGCCUGAAAAGAUGCCUUACCUGGUUGUGAAGACGACCCGGAUCGUAGACCAUGGCGCUUUGGUGAGGGCAGUUCCAGCCCAACAAUUGACCUCCGCCCGAUUCAUUGUACUCUUGCGUGACCCACGUGGGGUUUGGGCAUCCACGAAACCUAACACAGGCUGGGCUAUUCAUUCUAUUCCUCUGAUAUGUGAGCUCCUUGCUCUGCAAGCAUUGUCGCUGCCGGAGCUUGCAGCGGCAGUCGGCGAGCGGCUUUUGAUCAGUGUCUAUGAGCAAUGGACCUUAGAUACCGCUGACUUCGCAGGUCAAGUAGCGCACCUUGUGAACGAGGACGUCGGGGAGUUUCAGCUUCUGGGAAAGGAUGCACAGAAAGAAGUCACAGAACUGCUGCCUCCAAAGUGGGUUGCAGACCUGACCAAAGAUGAGCUGAACCAGGUGGAAACAGACAAGAAUUGCAUGGUCUACAUGGAAAGAGUGGGCUAUGUUGCUGGCUCUUCGGAGACUUCCCAAAUCAAGGAUCACGCAGGACUCGUCGCAGCGCUCUCGCCGGAGGAGACCGCAGCCCUCGAACAGCUGCGCAGCAAGCAGUCUGUGCUGCAAACUUCGGUGAGAGAUCUUCCGGAGGAGCAGAAGUUCGUGUUCGAGCCUGCGGCAAAGAAGCACAAGUGA